AUGAUUAAAUUAUUAUGGAAAUAAUUUUCGAAAUAAGUAAUUAGAUCAAAGUAAUUAUUAGUACAAAGAAAUAACUAGCAAGAAAUUCAAGAUUAUUUUAGACAAUUAAAAAUCCAAUCUGCCUAAUAAAGAAAGGUAAACUUUACUAUUAAUUUUUAAAAAGGAUUUUGAGAACAUUGCAUUACAACUUUUGUCAAAGGAAUAAGAUAAAUGUAAAGCUUAUUUCUAUUUCCUUGAAAUAUCAAAUGAUGUGACAUUAAAAACUCUUCUUUCAGAGAUCUUCACAAAAGCCUUCUUAUAAUUAAAUGAUUUUGGGAAUAAAUAAUUAGCCUUAGAAAAAUGGCAACUUAUUCCUUUAGAUUUUAUAGAAGAUUACAUGAAAGGGUUUGAUAUUAAACCGGCUGAAAUCUAAGAGUAAUUCAUUUAUCUAUUAAAAGUGCUUAAGUAAAAAUAUUAACUUUAUUAUAAAAUAAAAAGCCGCUUUAAGCUAUGAAAUUAAUCAUGAUUUUUAAAGAUCAAUUAAACAUGUCUUUGUUUAUUGAUAAAUUCAUUUAAUUAGAUGCAGUAUAAGAUUUUUCUAAAAUAUGCAUUACAUCUCCAAAUCUACUAAAAGAUUUUUUGAUUAAAUUAACAUAGUCAGAUAAAAGACAUCAUCAAAAAUUUGCUACAGAGUUAAUUAGAAAAUAUAACCUCAAAAAAGAAGACUAUCCUUAAUUAAUUAAAAUCUAAAAUAGAUAAGCAAUUGAUAGAACAUAUUUCCCUAAAAUAGAAGAACCUUAUGAGAGAGUCGAAGAACGUUUGGAGGGAUACCCUUAUAUGCUUUGUCAUGCAAUAGAUAAAUUAUUGGAACACAAUAAGAUAAAUGAAGCAUAUUCUAUUGCUAUUAGAUAAGGGUUGAAUGAUCAAUACAAACUAAAUGGUGUACUCCUUGAAAAUCCACUAUUAAAAUAUGAUGGUUUUGGAAUUACAGAAUAAAUUUGUUAUAAAGAAGAUCCAUCUGGCUUCAUUUAAUUUUCUGAUUUCAAUAUAAAUGAGGAGUAAAUUGAAUUUAUUGAUUCAGUUGAAAAAUUAAUGCUAAUAAAAGAUUUAAUUUUAAAUUCUUAAAUUACAGGAUUUGAUACAGAGUUUUGUCAUUAUUUUGAUGAAUUUGCAAUUGGAGGAGUAGCAAUAAUGUAAAUUUCAACUGAAAAAAAUAUUUAUAUAAUUGAUAUAUUUAAUUUAAGGGAAAAAUAAGAAUUACUUCAAUUCUUAAAUAGUUAUUUUGCAAGUAAUAAAAUCAAAAUUGGACAUAGUGUAUGGAAUGAUUUUACCGUUAUGGCUUAAAAUAUGAAUUUAGAUUAAACAGUUGAACCAACUAAUAUUGUGGAUUUAACAUUUUUAUAUAAUGAGGUUUUUCCAGAAAACAAAAAUAAUGUUUCAUUAGCUAACUAAGUAUAUUAAUUAUUUGGAAAGAAAUUAUCAAAAAAAGAAUGUUUCUCUAAUUGGUAGAGGAGACCUUUAAGAAAAUGUUAAUUACAUUAUGGAGCAAUGGAUGCUUAUAUUUGUAUUGCCCUUUAUUUAAAAUUAAAUGAAUUGAAAAAUCUUGACUUAGAUUAGUUACCCUAACUUUAAUAGCAGCAUUAAACUUAAUAAAAAUAGAAAAAAGUCUUACAAAUUUAAAAAGGGGAGCAUUUAAGAUAUGAUAUAUAAUUCUAAAAGUUAAUUGAUGAUAAAUAGAAUAUGAAAUUUUUAGUUGAUUCAAUGCUUAAAAAAUUGGCAGCUUUUCUUAGAAAUCUUGGAAUUGAUGCUGAGUAUAAUGAGAAGAAUGACCAUUUUAAUAUUGAAUAAUAAGCCAUUGCUGAAUAAAGAAUAAUUAUUACAAGAGAUAAAAAACUAUUUGAAAAACCUUAAUUGAAAGCACCUUGUCUGAUAUUGUCAGAUAACUUUAACACUGGUAAUUUAUUGAAGUAGAUAUAGAAUAAUAAUUUGAUGAAAUGUUAAAAGAAUUAUAAUUUUAAAUACGUGAAGAUAAAAUUUUAUCCAGAUGCGUGAAAUGCAAUUUUGAUCAUGUGAUUAAAAUUACACCAAAAAAAGCAGAAUAGUAUUUAGAUUUUAAAAAUGUAAAAAUAUAUAUUUAUAAUAGAAUGAUUCAUUUGGAUAAAUUAAAAUAUUCUGGUAAUGUGAAAAAUGUUUAUAAGUUUAUUGGGAAGGAAACCAAUUUAAAAAUUCAAUAUAAAGAUUCACUAAAGUAGCCAAAAAUAAGGAUGAUUGA